GGUUGGGUGGUUUUCAGAGGGUUUUGGCGAUCAGAGAGAGAGAGAGAGAGAGAGAGAGAGAAUGGGUAUCGUUUAAAAACUCUGUUCCGUGAAAAUAUGGGGUAGGAAUUGAGGGAAUGCUAUAGUGUGAUGGAAAGAAAAUUCUGAUUCAUUCGUUCAUUUUGCCGAUAAUUCGCCGAUCUUACAUUCGCCUGAAAAUUCUUGCGUUUCGCCGGAAUUUCGGUUUUUGCUGAAAAAAGUUUCCAACUUCAAAGGAGAAUUUUGGUCUAGAGGCUUUAUCUUUAAUUCUUUGAGCCUGAACUACUGGUGAAGUGCACAAUUGUCUAAAAUGGAUCCAAGAUUGCUGCUUCGCUGUGUCUGAUGCAUUCUUCUAUGUUAUGAUUUCUGAGAUAUGGUGUUGCACAAGAGGUUAGACUAUGGGUUCAAUGGUUAUCAGGUGCCUCCUACGCCUCGAGCUACCAGAUCAGCUAGGAGGAGGGUUACAUUUAAAAAGAGAGCGGAAGACAAUCAUAUGCGUGCUUUUGACUUAUUGGCCACCGUAGCUGGUGAGAUGUUGCUUGAGAGAGAGAGUUCACCCGCAUCUAGUAAUGCAUCAAAGGGAAAUGAUCCCUGUGCAUGUGUUCAAAACGUGUGGGAGAAUGAAGAUAAACUAGUUAAAAUUGAACCUAGUGAUCAAGGAAUUAGUGAUAGGAGAGUCUUAGCCUCUGAGCUUGUCCAACAAGCUGAUGAUCAAAAGUACGACUCUGUGGAAUCCCUAUUUCCUCAGAAUGAUGGCCAUUCAGGAUUUGCUUCUAUAGUAACCAUCGAUUGCUCAGAGAGCUUUGUUGAUCAGAGUUUGAUUAAUGGAAAAAACAAGAAUGACACGGGAAGUUUUGCUAGCAAAUUAGAUCUGGGUGUCUCUGGUUACAGGGAGUCUGGUGUUUGUAAAUUAGAUUGUGAAACUAAAAUAAUGAUAAAAGAUGAGCUGCACAAUAAUGGGAAGGUGCCUAUUGUCACUGGGUUGGAGGAUCCAGAGGUUUGGGAUGGGAAACCUCCUGCACUAGUCAGUUCAGAUAGGAGUGUCAAGGUGCCUUUGUGUGGUGACCAUAUUCCCCGUAGCUCUUUUCCCGCUAGUCGGGAUGAUGUAAAAAUAGUUAGUAGAGAUGAUGACGAAAAAUCCUCUGGGUGCACUCACCCUAGCACAAUAACAAAGUCCAUAAGACCGGUAUCACGCAUUGGAGAUCGAAGAAUAAGGAAGAUUUUAGCUUCAAAGCAUUGGAAGGUAUCUCCAAAAUUGAAGGACGAUACACUGUUGAACACUGAUGGGGAUUUGAAGCCCAUUUUCCGUAAUAGGAAGGGCUAUUACAAACGCCAAAGAUCUCAAAUGAAUAUUCCUUUUAAGAAGAGGAAGAUUUUUGAGCGUAGCUCAGUGUCAAAUCCUAACCGAUUGUUCACUUGUGAGGGAAAAUUGGAUUCACCCGAGAAGGGCAUCAAUGGAGAUGCUUCUGGUUCAUGUGUAAAGAUGCAUGGAGCCACAGGAACAUCAUCCUCUGUAGUUUGUCAACACACUUCAAUUCAAUCUAGGGAUUCUUACGUGAAGCUUAGGAUCAAGUCUUUCAGGGUGCCAGAGCUUUUUAUUGAAAUGCCUGAAACUGCCUCCGUCGGUUCUUUGAAGAGGACUGUUAUGGAGGCAGUGACUGCCAUACUUGGAGGUGGAUUACAUGUUGGCGUACUUCUUCGCGGAAAGAAGGUUAGAGAUGACAAUAAAACUCUACUGCAGACGGGAAUUUCUCAUGAUUACCCUCUAGAUGCUUUGGGUUUUGCCCUGGAGCCUAACCCUUCACAAAAUCCCCCAUCUAUAUGCCCCAGAGAUUCUUCCUCUAUGCUUCCUUGUGACACUCCUCAGCCUCUAACAAGCUAUCCACCAGAUUCAACUGUUGCUCAUCAGGGCACUUGCCAUACCUCUCCUGAGCCUCACUUGGCCAAUCUUGGCAACUUCGUCGAAAGUGAUCAUGAUUCAGCACCUUCUCCCACUGACACAUCAGUUGACAAAAGUACAACAGAUUCUAAAGCUCUGGUUGCUGUACCAGAAAUGAAUGUUGAGGCAUUAGCUGUGGUUCCAAUUCACAGGAAAUCAAAGCGAUCUGAGAUUGCACAGCGCCGAAUCCGUCGACCCUUUUCUGUUGCUGAAGUGGAAGCACUGGUUCAAGCAGUUGAGAAACUUGGAACAGGAAGGUGGCGUGAUGUUAAGCUGCUAGCUUUUGAUAAUGCAAAACAUCGAACUUAUGUGGAUUUGAAGGAUAAGUGGAAAACACUGGUGCACACGGCAAGAAUAUCCCCUCAACAAAGGAGAGGAGAGCCCGUUCCCCAGGAUCUCUUGGACAGGGUCCUAACUGCUCAUGCCUUCUGGUCCAAACAGCAAGCCAGACAACAGCUCAAACAACAUGCAGAGACUUGCCUUCUCAUCUGAAAAGUCUUAGAAACAGAAGAGUUGGGAAGCACAUUUAGAAGAAACAUAGAAAUGAUGGGUUUAGAAGGAUAUGUCUAGGUGUCUCUAAUUGUUCUUUUUUUUAUUUUUUUUAUGAUUAUGUAAAAAUCAUAAAAAAUAGAAGUCUUUAAGAAAUGUAUGUGAUGAUAUUUGUCCGGCCACGCUUCUUUUCCUGCUUGGAGAGGAGUCUUGGCACUUUGUAAAUGGUUGAAAGAAUAAGAGCUUGCUAACCC